AUGCCCCUCGUUAGCGCCCGCUCCUCCCGCCCCAUCCGGCCCCCCCGGCGCUUCGCGGCCGAAGGGGACACCUUGGGGACACGGCCGCCGGGAGGGGAGGGGACCGCGGACGACGGGGACCGGCCAGCGGUCGGCGGCGACGAGACGGCGAGGCUUGGGGACGGCCCGAUGGCCCUUGGGGACAACCCGAUGACCCUUGGGGACGGCCCGAUGGCCCUUGGGGACGACCCGAUGACCCUCGGGGACAUCCCAGUGACCCUCGGGGACGUCCCGAUGACCCUCGGGGACAAGCCAGCGCCCCUCGACGACAUCCCAGCGCCCCUCGAUGGCAUCUCGGUGACCCUUGGUGACAAGCCGACGGCCCUCGUUGACGUCCCCAUGACCCUCGGUGACAUCCCGAUGACCCUUGGUGACAUCCCAAUGACCCUCGGGGACGUCCCGAUGACUCUUGGCAAGCCGGCGACCCUCGGUGACAUCCCAGUGACCCUCGGUGACAUCCCAGCAACCCUCGGGGACAUCCCAGCGACCCUCGGGGACAUCCCGGUGACCCUCGGGGACAUCCCGACGACCCUUGGUGGCAACCCAACGCCCUUCAGUGACAAUCCUGCGACCCUCGGUGACAUUCCAGCGCCCCUCAGCGACACCCCAGCGCCCCUUGGUGACAUCCCAGCGCCCCUUGGUGACAUCCCAGCACCCCUUGGUGACAACCCCACGCCACCUGGUGACACCAGGCCACCCCCAGGUGACACCAGGCCACCCUCAGGUGACAACCCGGCGCCACCGCGGGCCGGUGGUGACAAAGGGACGUCCUCCGGGCGCCGCUGGCCGCCGGCCUCCUCUUCCUCACCGCCUUCCUCCUCCUCUUCCUCGCCGCCGUCCCCGGCGGUGGCACCGGUGGCCGUCCCCCGCCGGGCCAUCCUGCGCGAGGCCACCUUCCGCUGGACCUCGCUGCGGCGCGACGGGGACACCGCGGGGACGCUCAGGGACCCUCACGUGGCGCUCGGGGACACCGGGGUGGCCUCUGGGGACCCCCUGGUGGCACUUGGGGACCCCUCGGUGGCAACAGGAGACCCCACGGUGGCAUUCGGGGACCCCCUGGUGGCAUUCGGGGACCCCACGGUGGCAUUCGGGGACCCUAUGGUGGCAUUUGGGGACCCCACGGUGGCAUUCGGGGACCCCGCGGUGGCAUUUGGGGACCCCACGUCCACGCUCAGUGACACCCCGGUGACAUUCGGGGACCCCCCUGCCAAGCCCAAGCCCACCUUGGCCACCCCCGGGGACCCCAAAACCCCCCUUGGGGACCCCAAAACGACCCCCAGGGCCCCCAGG